GUCCUCCCCCAAAUGCGGAGGUAGGGUGGAGAGGACGGGAUGUCCGCUACGGUGUACACAGACUUACCCUUGUAAUCCCUCAUCGAAUCUAACGCAUUCUUUUCAACGUUUCUAAACAGCACGCAAGAUUAAUCUAGAAGACACCCAAUCUCAUAAUUAGCCCUCAAAAUGGUUUACACGAUAGUCGUCCACCUCCGCGCCAAGUCGGGCGCGGAUAACAUCGCUAAAGUCCACGCCAAGCUUAACGAGGCCUCGGCCGUGUACUCCAAGGACAAGGAGACGCUGUCGUGGUUCGUUAUGCAAUCAAUCCACGACCCGCAAGACUUCACGAUCGUGGAGCGGUAUCUCAACGAAGGAAGCCAGAAAUAUCAUCUGGAGAACCCGUAUUGGAAGACUUUUGAUCCGUUCGUGGUGCCGCUUUUGGAGAAACCUAUGGAUUUGCGCAGGUUUGAAGAGUUGAAUCCUGUAGAGGGGGAGGAGGCUUUGCUGAAGUAAGGAAUUAUCGGAUCUGGACCCGGAUAUGUACCUAGGUAAAGAUAUGCAUGGGCGAUGGGUUCAAAAAUAGAAGGGGAUAAAUCGAAAUAGGGGAAGAUGAAAAUAAAGCAUGUCGCCUGGACUAUAAAACUGAGUUUCGGUGCGAUUUUGUUUUAUUUAAGCUG